AUGGCUUCUCUCCAUCAACUCUCCUUGAGUAAUGAAGAGGUUGAACUUGAGUUGCAUCCAGUCAUUACUCUCACACAACCAUCUAAUCUUAAUCUCCUCCUUGUGGGUCGAUUCUUAACCAAUAGGCCUAUUCGUUCUUACAUGAUGAUGGAGAAGAUUAAAACCUUUUGGAACCCAGUUCGUGAAAUGAGAAUAGAGGAGAUUGAACCAGGCCUCUAUUCAUUCCAAUUCACCCACCAUCUCGACAUGCAAAGAAUUCUCAAGAAAGGCCCUUGGUACUUUGACAACCAUCUCUUGAUGCUCAAUGUUGUGCCAGCCAAUGGAAAUCCGAAUCAGGUUGCUUUACAAUUUGUCCCUUUUUGGAUUCAGGUACAUGAUCUUCCAACUGGUUUUAUGUCUGAAAAAGUCGGAAAAGAUAUCGCUAAUCACAUUGGUGAGUUUCUUGAGUAUGAUGCUAAAAACAAUUCCAACUUCCUCCAUACAUAUAUGAGAAUUCGUGUUUUACUUGAUGUCACAAAGCCUCUGAAACGCCUGAAAAAAAAUCAGAAAACCAGGAGGGGAGUCUAG